AUGCCAUAUCCCUAUAAAAUAGCACUAUACUCGGUCUCAGCACUUUUAUGCUUUGAGCUAUCUUCAUUCUUUUAUUGCUCAUUUAGCAUGCGUAACUCCGCCCAAGUCCUCACGGGCUUCCUCAUAUCUGCCGCCAAUAUCAGAGCCGAAAUCACCAAUGUUGCUACAGAUAUUAACAUUAUAUCAAGGAACUGGGGUCAUCUGAGCCCAUACCAAGAUAAUCUCGACAACUCUUUCGGCGUGGAAUACGCCGGUCUUCCUGAAGGUUGUCAGAUUGAAUCUGCACAUACACUCCAACGCCAUGCCGAGAGAUUCCCCACGAGAUGGAUCAAUGACGGCCAGAAUAACCAGCGUUUUGGGGAUAAGGUUACCAGCUUCACUUCUACUCACCCUGACAAUCCUUUUACAGGCCCUCUGAAGUUUUUGAACUCAUGGAGUCUAGUUUUUCCAGACCAAGGGCUACUCACUGGUACUGGCGCAGUUGCUGAGGUUGCUGCUGGCGUGAAGUUUUGGAAUCAGUAUGGUAGAACACUGUAUAACGCAUCUUUUGGACAACUAGCCUAUAAUUCAAGUUUUCCUGAUGGCACCCAACGCCCGCCUCUUGUGUUAAGAACCACCGACCAGUCUCGGAUGCACAAUACUCAAAUCAACUGGGCACUUGGAUUUUUCGGAUCUAGUAUAUCACCUGUACCAAAUCCAUCCUUCGAAAAUGCAACCCAACCUUACGAAGUGGUUAUUUUGUCUGAAAAGUCUGGAGCCAAGCUCAAUAAUACGCUGGCUUCUUAUGUUAGCUGUCUCAACUCUGACCGCCCAGCAGUCGCUUCUAUCGCUAAUAACUUAUACUUUGAUUAUCUGCCAAAAUACCUUGCUUCUGCAACAGAAAGGCUACAGCAUUUUGCCCCGGAAGGAUUUAAAAUUACAACCAAUGACACUUAUGCCAUGCAAAUGAUCUGCGCUUACGAACACGCUGUGCUUGGAGCAUCAGAGUUUUGUGGCUUCUUCACCGAAGACGAAUGGGCUGGUUUUGAGAAUAGCUUGGACAUUGACUAUUACUAUAAUUAUGCUUUCGGUAAUCCUACUGGCCGAGCCCAAGGAAUCGGUUAUGUUGAAGAGCUACUAGCACGUCUCAAUCAUUCGUUGAUCACUAGCUCCUCAAACUCGAUAAACUCAACACUUGAUAGUGAUCCAAGAACUUUUCCAACAGAUCAAGCUGUAUAUGCUGACUUCACUCACGAUGACAUAAUCAUUUCGGUCCUAACUGCUCUUUCCAUUGACUACUUCCAUGCCCCACCCAACUUUACUUUGAUCACGCCUGAGCCAGAUCGCAAAUUCAUUCUUUCCAAGAUCACACCGUUUGCCGGGCGGCUCAUCACUGAAAUAAUCGGCUGCUCUGAACCUAACCCGAUUCCUGAGAAAAAUGCUCGCGUUUAUUACUCACCGAAUCAAUAUGGUUACAAUCCGUCAUCAGCCACCCACAAGUUUGUUCGAAUGCGCCUUAAUAAUGGUAUUAUACCACUUAAUACCAUCCGUGGAGGCUUCUGCGGCGACGAAGCAAGCGGUCGAGCUGAUGGCCUGUGUGCUCUAGAAGAUUUUAUGAAAAGCCAAGAGAAUGCCUCGGCUCUGGCAAAUUAUCAAUACGCAUGUUUUUCUAACUACACAACAGAUGAUCGAGCCAGUGGUUGGGACUGGGACGGAACUAUCCAAACUGACGAGAUCACGUCUGUAAGCUAG